CUCUCUCUCCCCCUAAAGCAGUCGUAUUUAUAGUACCUUUUUCUCUCUCUAGACAAAAGCCCUAAAUAAAACCCGCCAUACAGCCUACCCAUUUCCAUUUCAUGCUCUUCUUCAUUCGUUUCCUCCAUCGCUGUUCUGUAUGCAAUAUAUAGAGACCGAAAGUAGAGAGAGAAUCAAGAAACUCAACGAAGAACACAUAUAUAGAGGGAGAAUCAAUAAGUUAAACCUGGUUGAAUUUCAUGGCUGUUGAAGCUCGGCAUCUGAAUCUCUUCCCUCCUCCUCAACUCAUAGCAAACAGCGAGCUGAUGAGCGCCAUUGAAGGCUACAGCGCUCCAAUCGGAUACGGAAUGCCUCCGCUGUCAGGAACAACGACGGAGACUCAUCUUCCGAUGUAUGGCUCUGCGAUUACCGAGUCGGUUCCGGCGAAGGUCACCGCAACGAAAGCAGAAAGCGGUCUCACCUACAAUCUUCCGAUCUCCAGAAAGCGUCCAAGAGAUUCAAUCAAUCCAUAUCAGAAUCUGAAUCAGAAUUACAACAACCGGUCCGGUUCUUAUACGUUUCUCGGCGAAGACAUUUCGUUACAGAUCCAACUACAGCAAUUAGAGAUCGAUCGCUUCAUCGCUCAACAUACGGAGAAGGUGAGAUUGGAGAUUGAAGAGCGGCGAAAGAGAUAUUCGAGAAAGAUUAUGGCGGCGGUGGAGGAAGGGAUAAUGAAGAAAUUGAGAGCGAAGGAAGAAGAGAUAGAGAAGAUCGGAAGAUUGAAUUGGGCGCUUGAAGAGAAAGUGAAGUCUCUGUGUGUAGAAAACCAGAUAUGGAGAGAAUUGGCUCAGUCCAACGAAGCCACCGCCAAUGCUCUGCGGAGCAACCUCGAGCAAGUACUGGCUCAGGUCGAAGUCGACGACCACCACCACCACCACAACCGCGGCGCUGGUUUGGACGAGGCUGCUGCUGCUCUGGCGGACGAUGCUCAAUCUUGCUGUGACAGUAAUCGCGGUGUCAACGACGGCGACGAUGAGGAGGAUCGGAUGUGCACGUUAGCAGGGAAUGGAGGAGAGAGGAAGGUGGUGAACGAUAAGAGAGAUUGUGAUGGCGCGAACAGCGGCGGCAGAAGGUGGUGCAGGAGCUGCGGAAAGGAGGAGUCUUGCGUGUUGCUGUUGCCGUGCAGGCAUCUCUGUCUCUGUACUGUUUGUGGGUCGUCGGUCCACACUUGCCCUAUCUGUAAAUCCAACAAAAACGCCAGUGUCCAUGUUAACUUGUCCUCUUGAAAAAAGAAAAAAAAGAAAAAAAUGGAAAAGAAAAAAAAUUAUUCAAAAUUUUUCAGUAAAAAAACGAAAAAGAAAAAUCAGUAUCCAUUUUCGUCCA